AUGAAGGCCCCGUCAACCAUCCUCGCCGCUGCCUCGCUCAUGGCCACCGUGCACGCCCACGGCUACAUCUCGCAGCCCAAGGCCACGUACGACUCCACCACCGAAUACACCAAGUACAAUGCGCUGACCUCCGCCAGCGUGAACAAGGGCUUCAGCGGCGGCAAGUACGACGACAGCCCGGAGAACAACGCCAAGGCCUUCAACGACCACUGGAACGCCACGGGCUACAAGUCGCUGCGUGAGAUGCUUGACCCGAUCGCGCCGGACUACGGCCACUCGCUCAAGACGGCGACGCCCGUGGACGUGACGGGCUACACGGAGAUGUGGUGGCAGAACGACGAGUACAAGGAGGGCUUCAUCAACUCGCACUCGGGUCCGUGCGAGGCGUGGAUCGACGACGUCAAGAUCUUCCACCACGACAACUGCGCGGCCGAGUUCAAGUCGUACCCGGCCAAGGUGCCGGCGGACUACUCGUCGUGCAAGGGCGACUGUCUGCUGGUGUUCUACUGGCUGGCGCUGCACGAGCCCAACUGGCAGAUCUACAAGCAGUGCGUGCCGAUUACGAACGGUGGUUCGUCAACGACCCAAUCUUCGGGCAAGGGGGAGACCGAUGCCUCGGAUGCGGGUACUACCGAACAAACAACCCCGGUGGCUCAGACGGAGACUACGGAUGCGCCUAAAGCUGCUGCAGCAACGCCUACGCCCGUUGAUGCUACCCCCGAGGCUACCGAAGCUCCUUCUACUGAGGCACCAGCGGCCACCUCUGCAACUCCCGACACUGCAACGGAGGCCCCGGAACUUGCCACGCCCGCCCCCGAAGUCACACCGACGACUCCGACAUCGGCUGAAGCUGCGAAAAAGUCUGGUAAAUGCGUGCGUCGUCGCUCCUAA